AGUAUAUUCAGUGUAUUCAGUGUGCAACCAAUGCUUAGAGACAUACUGCAGCUGACCACAUGAUGGGGUUAGGGAGCAGGUGGACAGUGUAUCACUGUCACUGGUGUCAGCUGAGAAACUUUCAGGAACCAAAGAGUUUUAAUGGUUUAAUGACGUGUACAUCCUUCACUUCAGUCUUAAAAAUCACUGGAGAUAUCAACUCACGGCAAACUAUGGAUUGGUCCAGACUGUAAGACACAUUAGGUGUGGACAAAUUUAGCAAAGCCUCUGUCCUGGUCAAAGUGUGUGUGCGUCUGUGUGUGUGUGUGUGUUAAGGUCAGUGGGUGGGCGAGUCUUGAGCUCCAUUUAUAGACCUACUGUACUUAGAGAGAGUUAAUGUGAGUGCACAUGUGCCAGUGAAUACAGCUACCACUGGAGAGAGAUAGCACACUUUAAAUAUAAGAGAAAGAAAGAAAAGAUUAAACUCCACAACACAAUCAAUUUCUCCCGUCAGCAAACCGAAGCAGCAGCAGCAGAGAUAACGUGUUGAAUCUUCACCGUACAUAGAAAUCAUCUACUGUGGAGGAGCUCACCUCAUAAAGUAAGUGACUUUCAACAUGUUGCAUAGUUUGGAUUGUAGACAAAGGGACGGGUGUCCCCUCAUAACAUAGCUGCUCUGUUCUGCUGCUGAAUGGCAAUGUGCUCUGAAGGCACUUCUGAGGUAGCAGCAUGUUGUCGCCACUGCAUUAGGAUCCGGUAGUUCCCUCUUCUGUCUACCACCACCCUCUUGUCUUCAUUGUUUUGACUCGGCUGAGUCUAAUUGUCCAACAUGAAAGGGAGCUCAUAGCUUUUUGUAUAAUUCAACUUUACAUAUUUGUUGACGUGUGAGGGUCACUUUCACUUGGAAAUGGCCAUUUAUGAACCCAACUGAGAACAGGUAUUACUGUAACAUGUUAUGUAGACAGAGAAAGGCGGAAGGAUAUGAAGUCUUUAACCUUACUGUGCUCAUUGGAAGAGUCCAUUCCAACUCAAGUGGUAUUCAUGACCUUGUUAGGGGACAUUUCUAAUAUCUCUAAGCAUAAAUUAUAUUUGUAGGAAGUACUUUUUGAAGUAAUAUUGAUGGACAUUUACACAGACUUUUAGACAUUUACAGCCAGCAUGUCCUUGACGGCCCCUCAUUCUGUACAUGUUACAUGAUGGACUGGGAUUUAAAAAAAAAAUCCCCUUUACAGUUUGUAAACAAUGAUGACGUACAUAAGUGUGCACACGCAGUUUAGCAAGAGAUGUGUGGCGAUGUGCAAGAGCUUGUCAAGCUAUGCAAGGACAUUAACCAGCAAAGACGGUGAAUGCAACCUAAACAGAGUGACUCUCCAGAUCUGUAUCGGCAUCAGUGAGUGUGUAGAAUACCUUAGCAAGUGGCCCAAGAUGGAAACACCAACAGAACAUGUAGGUGCCCUCUUAAAAGCCUUCCAUCCAUUUUAAAUUAAUAAUUAUCUGUGUUUAUUAUCCUCAACAACCAUGAGUAGUAAGUUACUACUCGUCUUUCGGCUGAAAGUCACCAGUUAACAGGGUCACUGGUUAAACUGCAACACCUGUUACUCUGAAACGGUCACGAUUCUCUAGAACUUGAUUCCGCAGUUGGACUAUCGAUACUGAUAAUCCAACAUGCAGACAUUUUGAUGCUGGUAAUAGUUUUAAUUAUUUAAUUAUUUAACGAUUAAAGCUCGCUAACUCGUCUGGAUGGCUGGGGAAAAAUGAACCUUUAUAGUGUGAGCCUCUGAGGGUCAAUGAUCUGCCUUUGGACAUUGUGUGAAUUUCCGUCAGGUGCGACAUGUGUUCCUUGUUUUAUUCACUUAAAUUGUAAAGGCUCAUGAUUUGACCUUGCCUAUGUAACCUAAGCUGAACAGCAGCCAUUGUUCACCCAAGUGACAAGUACAGGAUAAUGCUAAAUGCUACAGUAAGUAGAACACUGACUCACUAGCAUGAGCUACUGGUCUUUAAUUAUGAAUUAAUUUGUAGGAGGAAGAAUAUUUUGUGUGUUAUUGGCUUUUUCAAAAUUUACACCGGCUCACUUUAGAUAGGAAGAAUAGGCAACAUAUUAUAUAUAUAUUUAUAUAUUUCUUAUAUAUUUCAUUAGCUGAUGAGUUAAUGAUCACAAUGAUUUAACAAAGAAAGCAAAAACCUGUUUGGGAUGGUCUGCUGCUGCAAACAUAUCCAGCCUAUCAGACUGCUGCAAAUUAUAUUAACUGCCAACUCACAAAGUGAAGACCAAAGCUGUAACAGUUAGGGUUACCAUGGUGAACAUUAGCCAGUAGCUCCCAUAAACUUUGAUCCAUCUAUGACAGAAAUACACUCAUCAACAUGGGAAAAGGGAGCGCGAUGAUUGAAUGAAGUGCAGCAGACCUCGAGACGAUCAACGCCCAUAACAUCUUCCAACCAUCCAGCCAGACCAAACGCCAGUGAAAGCUGAUUGAGCGCCCUGGGAAAAUAACUAAGAGAGCUGGGGUAUGAGUUGAGCUAAUGCUGCUAAGACCUGAGGCUACCUCAGGUUACCUCCUACCUCCACUACCCAGCCUGCUCAAGUCUACAGUGGGGCAGAGGUGGAGCAGGUGAAACGUUCUAGGUUCCAGGGACUCAAGAUCACAGAGAGCUGGAAAUGUUCAUCCAGCCACAUCUCCACCCUGGUGAAGAAAGGCUGUGCAUCCUGGCUGAAACAUUACAAACUGGCAUGGUAUGUGAACGGCCAGGACAGGAGGGCUCUACAGUGGGUGAUUAAAAACCACCUAGAAGCUGUCAUGGCUCCCAGCUUGGCCCAAGCAUACAGGAGGAGGUGGUGGAUGGCUAUCACAGCCAUUAUGGAGAACCUGCUCUUCUCUGCUGUUCUGCUGGGCUGGGGCUCACUGCUCAUCAUGCUGAAGAAUGAAGGCUUCUAUUCCCACCUUUGUAUUGAAAAUGAAACUGUCGACACCAACGUGACUUCUAUGGACAAUGGUAACUGGCGGAGUUGUGUGGAGCAGGAUGAGGUACUCAACCUCGGCUUCACCAUUGGCUCGUUCCUCUUGAGUGCAGCCACUUUGCCCCUGGGAAUCUUGAUGGACAGAUAUGGACCUCGCCCACUGAGGCUCAUUGGCAGUUCAUGUUUCGCAGCCUCCUGUGCAAUGAUAGCUGCCGCUGCAUAUGACCCCGAAGUGCUGUCUGGCCUCAUCUUCCUCGCUGUGUCCUUCAAUGGCUUCGGAGGAAUUUGCCUGACCUUCACUUCACUCACACUGCCUAACAUGUUCGGCAAUGUACGAUCAACCAUCCUCUCCCUGAUGAUCGGCUCCUAUGCUUCUUCAGCCGUCACCUUCCCUGGUGUCAAGUUGAUUUAUGACCUUGGCGUGUCGUUCCGCGUCAUCAUGUGGGUUUGGUCAGGUAUGGCCUGCACAGUCUUCAUAAACUGCUUCCUCAACUGGCCUGCUGAAUCCUUCCCUGCACCUGAAGACAUCAGAUACACCAGUAAAAAGGUGAAGCUGAGUGGACUUGUGACCGAGGACAAGAUGACUGGGGACAGGUACGUCACCCAUGUUGCUGUCAUGGAAGACAUGAUGGGACCUAAGCAGCCAGAACCCGAGCAGACAGACGCUCAAAGCACAACCCAGGGCUCGCUGCCACUCUGUCAUUCUGUGUGCUCUCCCAUCUUCCUGUGGAGUAUCAUCACCAUGGCAAUGACCCAGCUGAGGCUGAUCUUCUUCAUGGGUGCCAUGAACAAGAUGCUGGAGUUCCUGGUCACCCACGGCAACCCUAACCACUCAGAAGAGCUGCAGAAGGAGGGGGAGGAACAAGUUGGUUUCUACUCGUCUAUCUUUGGUACGAUGCAGCUGUUGUGUCUACUGACUUGUCCUUUGAUUGGCUACAUCAUGGACUGGAGGUUGAAGGAGUGUGCAGAGGAAAAUGCCAACACACAAACAGAGAAGAGCCAAUCAGAUCCCGCAAAGAGAGACAGAAAGAUCCAGAAACUGACGAAUGCCAUGAGAGCUUUCACCUUCACCAACCUCCUAUUGGUCACCUUCGGAAUAAUUUCCAUGUUUGACAACCUGCCUUUACAGUUGGUGUCGUUUGUUCUGCAUACCAUAGUGAGAGGAUUCAUCCACUCCUGCUGUGGAGGACUCUAUGCUGCUGUGUACCCAGCCAACCACUUUGGAACACUGACAGGCAUGCAGUCAAUGGUCAGUGCUGCUUUCGCCUUGCUUCAACAACCACUGUUCAUUCUGAUGUUGGGACACCUGAGUGGAGAUCCUUACUGGAUCAAUUUGGUCCUUCUCAUCUUCUCGCUGGCUGGCUUCCUGUUGCCAGGCUAUCUGUUCUAUCACCGUAGAAACCUGAUCAGGGCAAAGGCUGAGCGGGAUAGGUUGGCUGCCAGCCAAACAAUCAAAGAGAUUGCUCCUCUAACCCAAUCAGACAGUGGGACUGCUAAAAGCCAAGCCAAAGGGCAUGCGGCUAAUGGAUACUCAUCAAAUGGGCAUACUGUUUAAGAUGACUGACAGGAGUGAAACGAUCGAUUGAAAUUACAACGUUCAGCAGUUUAAUACUCUGAGGAUGUAACCUCUCUCUGGGCUGAAAACUAUGACAUCUAGCUAAAUCAAAACAAGACAAAUAACAUAUUGAGCAAAGUCCUCUUCUAUCAUUCUUUAAAACAAACAAAAUACAAGAUUAUAUCCAGCAAUAGUGACACAUUUUCAUAAAGUUUAGGAUAGAACAGGAAGUUACAUGUGUAACCCUACCGUCAGGCUUCUCAUUUAGAAAAUGCUCUUUGACUUUUCACUAGAUGCCAUCAUAUCAUUUAAUAAUGAUAUGUAAAGGUGGCUCAGUGGUUAGCACUAAGUGGACUUGUGAUGGACUGGGGAUUUGCAUGCUGAGUAAGUUUCCAGUCCCCUAACCCUUGACCCAAGCAUUAAGUGACAAAAGAACAUAAAAAUGCAAGGACCAUAACCUGUUUCUGCACAUUUUAUCCUGUUGCACACAGUAGCUCUAUUAAUAAGAGUUUCCAGUCAUUUUUCAAAGUGGAACUUAACUUUUUUAAUUGUUGAAUGUGCUUGAAACUUGCUUGCGUUAAAGGGGAACAACACCCAAUUUUUAUAAUUUAUACAAGUUAUUUUCUAAGACAGUCAAGACAUUAGCAAAUAUGAGCAACUCUCUCCCAAAAGCCAGAAUGCUAAAACUCAAAUGUGUGCGUCACCGUGUAUAAAGAGUGAAACUGCUCCAUGAAUUGUGACAAUGAACUGAGAGAGACGUUUUAGAUGACACUGAGAGCAAUUCUUUAUUCAGGUGGUGUUCCCCUUUAAUAAACAUUAUUAAUAUAGAAUUCAAUAAAGCAGGCGUACACAUACUGUAUGUUACAGUUAUGAGCACUAUCUGUCAUCUUGACAUAGUAAGAUCAUUUGGACAUAUUUUUAAUGUCUACUUAAAGAAUAGCUUCACAACUGAUUGAAGUCUGUCUUCAAACAAUAGUCUGGUGAACAUGUGUACACUGACUUAGGUUUUGCGUGCUGUAAUCAAUCUUCAUGUUCAUACUGGCUAUUGAAAUAUCUCUUCCUAAUACUUUUUCUAUGGAAGUUAUGGGGGACAAAAUCCACAUUCCUUGCUCUGAAGAAAACAGUUCAUUUAGUAAAAAUGAGGCUUCAGCAGUCUGAGACCAAUCAAGUGGAUAUUUGUACACUUGUUUUAUUGUAAAAUUCCCACUUUGUGUUGUCCUGAGCUGUUUCCUGUUGAGCUGCAGUGGAGGGAGAGUAACAAAGAGAGGGAAUCAAUUACUAAACAGAUUGUAAAUUUGGACAAUAUUCACAAGACUUGGAUUGUUGAAACUUCACAUUAGCUUCAAAUAAACUUUUUAAUACACUCAGUGUUGCAUAGAAAGAGGGCUGUGGACAUACAUUAAAGGUGCAUCAGUAAGAGAUCUCUUCAUGACCAGUGUGAACAGGAGGAAUGGUCACAGUAAUCAGUGUAUGGGCACCUCAUUAUUAUAAUUGUGAACCUGCCCUUCAAGGUUAAUUAGCUGUAAAUGACAAAACGUAAUUUGUAAUCCUGAAAGAAAUGAGACAAUUAUGGUCGUUACAAGAAAUGUUUAUCUCAAGAUAACGAGAUGUUUAAAAUGUGACGAUGUAAGAAAUACAUAGAUGGAAAGUUGAAUUCAGAAAUAUUGAAACACACUUUUGCUAAAUUCUACACACUCAGGGGUUUUGUUUCUACCACGUUACUUGAUCCGGUAAGAACAGUAGCUUUGCUCGCUCAAUGUUAGCUACUGUUACAAAUGUUAGCUAGAUAUUGUUCUGCCAUCACAAAGCCACUUUGCUGACUGGAUGACUCUUCUCUAAGUGACAAUGAUCCUGUAAUUGGCGCUUCUUAAGUCCCACCCCUUUUCGCUCUGUGCUCCGGUAACAGUUGAGUGAGCUUUGAAUCCGGCAGAACCUCCGUCAACUUUCCUGUUAUACUUCACGAUGCUACAUCUGUUCGUUGGUGCCACAUUCUUCACGGACACAUUACAUUGUACACAGUUACUACGAGGAAAUUUCAUUUUGUGUUGAAUUUGGUGAAAGACAAAAGCCGUAGUGUGUCCGAGCGCCAGUGGCCCUUUAGAAAACCUCUCUGUUCAACCUGCAUGAUUUUGUCUGAUUUGGUUUCUUUCUUUGUACUAUACUCUGCUGUGUGCCACCCCAAAGUUAUUUUUUGUUAUUUAUUGUGAUAUACAUGACGUCUUGCAUCCCAACGGUAAAAGUCACCCGUGUAAAAUGUAUCAUCAUGAUAAUGGAUUUCAUUGCAUACUAUAGGUGUUGCUGUCGACUUCUAUAUUGCCUGGCGCCCAGAAAUCGAAUGCACACUGCAGCACCCGGUCACACUGAACUAGCAUCAAAGAACUGAUAUUGAUGAGAAAUGAAAUCUAAUUGUUUCAUUGCAACAUCAGCACGCAGCAGCAAAGCUACGACUCCACCAUUUUGGACUGAAGGCGACUACCAUAUAUCGAAGAACAGAUAGACGUCCACCUACAGAGUAUUCUUUGUCAUAUAUUUAAUGUAUCUACAUAAACGGUUUGUGGUGAAAAGUAUAAAUAUUAUAAAUAUGCAUACUAUUAUAACUAUUUAUUUAUUUAACUUUGCCUCGCCUCCCAGAGAAGCAUAAAGGAAAAAUCCAGCACUCUUGGGAUAUUUGAGAACAAACUCAAACUUUUUCAUGUCAAGGACCUCCAACAUACAUGUACAAUAGACCACAGACCAUGGAUGUACAUAACAGGUUGUGGCCUUGCUUUGGCCUGUGUGUUAAUAAGUUACCUAAAAUAAAUACUGCGUUAAAUUCAGUUUAUGUUGUGCUACUCGGCUACUAGUUACAUGGCUGACGUUCAUACAUCCACCACGGUACACACUUUAUAAUUCAGCCAAUAUAUCCAUUAUUACAGCCACAUACAGCUAGCAAGGAGCCGGCAGGACCGGAUAAGUCAUAUGAGCGUGCACGGAGGCCAUUUAAGUGUUCGCACUGAGAAGUUGAUGUACCUUAAAAAGAAUUAUCCCGGGAUUUACAGACGUAUUUGUAUACAUUGAUGACCGCAGACUCAAUGGCGUUUUCAGACCAAAAUGGCGGCGCCCUACCACAGUGCCAUCUAGCGGUGGUUGUCAAAAAAGCACCAGGGUCUUGUCUCUGCUCCUGGACUCUUUGCCGCCGUCUCCAUGUUCCUUUUUUUAAGCCUUUCUGACCUCGCAACAGUAACUAAGGGGGGCGGGACAUAGGAUCUCACAUAGCCUUUAUAUAUGGCAAUAUAUUCAACAUUUUAAAAGGUAGUUUCUACUCUUAAAGUAGCUACUAUGUGUGCUGAAUGUAGCACACAUAACAUGCAGGUAGUAUUGCAAUUAAUAAGUAAAUAAUGAGUUCUUUGAAAAGCGCUUCCUAAAUAAAAUGUAUCAUUAUUUCUGUGUGCCACCUGACAUAUUGUCAAUUUGAGUACAUGGUGCCAUUAGAACAGUCUUUGGCAGGUUGUUACAUUUGUCACGUAGCACACACACCUGUCUCUGUGAUAUUUGGAUUGGAUUCUAUGAAUGUGACUUAAAGGAAUACUUCACCCCCAUUAUAACCAUCUGUAUAUCAAUGACUCACCCCGCGUUACCUUGGAUUCUUGAAGAAACUUUGUUUUUCCUCUCACGUCUUAACGGUGAACAGAGAUUCAAAAAACGGAGAAAAGUCUUGAUAAAAAAACAACACACCACUGGUGCAGUAAAAUGAAAGUCUAAUUUAUCCAGACAUGUGUCACUACCUCACAAACACCAUAUUUAUGAGGAACCAUGGAGGCAUGUGAGAAAAAUUGUCAUUUUGUAUUUCUUUCAUGAGUUGACUCUAUUUGAGAAAAAAAACAAUAACUCAUUUCAUUUUUUUUAAGUUUUAAACCUCAGUAUAAAAUGACAGACUCAGACAGCUAAAGGAUUUUGGUCCCCCCUCCUCCCAACACCCACCUUCUCCUUGCCUGUGCAGGCACAGUUAAGGAGUUCAUAUAAGAAGAGUUAAGUGUGAUAGAGAGAAUAAAUAUACUGUUGCUUUAAAGAAGCUCUUGAAUGUUACAAAGCCAGCAAACCGUGAAGAAAGAGGAUUUGAAACUGUUUUGCUGUGAAUGCCUUCAGGCUGAGAGCACAACAUGGCUUCCAGUAAAAUCUGUGAAUAGAAAGCUUGGACAGUGUUGAUACAAGAAAUGUGACAAUUGUUUAAUGAUGAACUUUAAUGAGUGAUUACAUAAUGAUAUGUAAAAUAGUUCAAGUUUCUAUGUGUGACAUACUGUGCAUGCUUUGGAAGAGCUGAUGUUGAAGGGCCUUCAUUUAAAGGAGCACACACACAAAUAAAGAAAGUGCCUUGUUGAAAAAUGACAUGCUGCUCAUCUGAAAGCUGUAUAUUAUAGCAGACUAGACAGAAUAUACAGCACCUUAAAAUCGAAUGCAAUCCAAUACAGACACAUUGGCCUCUCAAAUUAUUCUGCAGGGAAUUGACAUUGUAGGCUUCAGAGAGGUAGUAUUUAUUGUAUGGCAACACAAUGUACAGGUGCUGCUUGUAUUGUGUCCACCUACUGAGUGUUAUUAUUUCAUUGUUUAUCAGUGGUAACCAAGUUGAUUCUGGUCACAGAGCAGAAUAAUUAUUUAUUUUAAUGAUAAAGAGGGAGCUUUAUUAUUUAAAAAAAUCAUAUUAUCAAAAUCAAACGAAUGAAUUAAAAGAUGUUUAUCAUCUUAAGACCAAGGCAGAAUAUAAUUAAGAAUAAUUGUCCAGCGUAAAUAACUUUUUGUUCUAUUUUGGGGGAUUUCUGACUUGAUAUGCAAUGUUGCUUUGUUUUGUUGUGGGGAAAUGUAAAGAAUUAAAAAUCAUUAAAAAGGUAAAUUAAACUGUGUUUCUGUUCCGAGCUUCCCAGAAACACGACUGCCAUGACAUAGUUGUUUUACACGUCCAAGUCACAUCUACUCAGAAAUACACUCUGGUUCACAGGAAAAAA